AGUCAUAUACCAAUGUCAAAACACUUCAACUGAACGUUUGGUUGCAUUUGGUCUCGUUGAAAUUAUAAGUCGUAAAUUAUAACAACUAUAUCUACUGGCAUCACAUAUAAAUUAUAAUAAUGGAUUUCGGACUAGAAGACCGUAUGAUCACUCAGAUGAUUAUCCCAGUCUCCAAAGGGACUUUCUUUAAUACUAAUUGGAAGCCAACUAAAGAACCCCUGUGCGCCUACGACAUGCUGUACCACCCCCCUGACUACAACCCCAAAUCCGCGAGAUCUGACCGACAGGAACCAAAAAUUAUAAGGAAAAAUAUCUGGGACCAGGAAUAUCACAAAGGCAUCUCGUCCACAUCGCACUUCAUGUACGGCAGACCCAAGUGGAAGCCCAUUGACCUGCCCACCAAGCAGUUCGUGAGAUCUAUAGUGAAAAAUGAAAACCCACACAUGCGUAUACACAACGUGUUGGAAUGGGCAGUGCUCCUCAGUGAUGGCAAACCGAGCCUCUGCGACUGAAAUAAUUAAUCGCAGGUUAUAUACACUAGUUAUGUAUUUAAGAUCAAUACGUGAGUUACAAUGUACAAGUGUGCUAUUAUUUGUAUUACAUAUAUAUCUAUUUUU